AUGGCACCUUUCAAGUUUGGCAAGAAGAACGGGAAGGAUAAGUCGGUGGUGGGCCGGGCCACGACAGGACCUGAGCCGGUUGGGGCCGCGGGCGGGCCCACGGGCGGCAGCUCGAGGGCAGCGGGGCGGGACGCGCGAAGGCCGGAGACGCCGUGGGACAGGGUGAAGCUGGUGCAGACGCCGUUCCCACGGUACCGGCAUGUGGCGAGCGCGUACGCUUCGGACACGAACGAGGUGAUCGUGAUCGGCGGGCUGCACGACCAGAGUGUGUACGGCGACACGUGGAUCCUGCGGGCGCAGGACAACGGCAAGCAGUUCAGCGCGCGGACAAUUGAGAUCACAGAGACGACGCCGCCGCCGCGGGUGGGGCACGCGGCGACGCUGUGCGGGAACGCGUUUGUGAUCUUCGGCGGGGACACGCACAAGACGAACAACGAGGGCCUGAUGGACGACGAUGUGUACCUGCUGAACGUGAACUCGCACAAGUGGACGAUCCCACACCCGGUUGGCCCGCGGCCGCUGGGGCGGUACGGGCACAAGAUCAGCAUCAUUGCGACGAGCCAGAUGAAGACGAAGCUGUACGUGUUCGGGGGGCAGUUCGACGACACGUACUUCAAUGACCUGGCGGUGUACGACUUGUCGAGCUUCCGGCGGCCGGACUCGCACUGGGUAUUUGUGAAGCCGGCGAGCUUCGUGCCGCCUCCGCUGACGAAUCACACGAUGGUGUCGUACGACUACAAGCUGUGGGUGUUCGGCGGGGACACGCCGCAGGGUCUAAUCAACGAGCUGUUCGUGUACGACCCGGUGGUGAACGACUGGUCGGUGGUCGAGACGACGGGCGCGAAGCCGCCGCCGCUGCAGGAGCACGCCGCGGUGCUGUACCGCGACCUAAUGUGUGUGGUGGGCGGCAAGGACGAUCAGGACAACUACUCGCAAGACGUCUACUUCAUGAACAUGAAGACAUUCCGGUGGUUUAAACUGCCUCAUUUCCAAGACAUGGUACCCUCUCCGCGCUCGGGACACUCGGUCACGUUGCUUGCCAACCGGAAGCUGCUGAUCAUGGGCGGCGACAAGUUCGACUACGCGCGGCCGGGCGACGCGGACUUGAUGGCGGCAGAUCACGACAUGCGCGCGGGCACGAUCCUGUAUACACUGGACCUGACAGAUCUGGAGGAGCACUGUCCCGGCGUGUUCGACAUGGCUGGCGUGUCGCCGCCCCGCAGGACGCCGAGCCAGUCGACAUCCGCGUCCUCCAAGAACACUGCCAUGACCACGCCGAUGAUGCCGCGGUCCUCAUUCACGCCGGCGACGUCGCCGGCGCAGGCAAAGCCCAACGGGGUGGUAAACAUACUGUCCCCCCACCAGGAAAGUAAAAAGAGGCAGCCUACGGACAGCCACAUGUAUGGGGACCAGCAGUACAAAGCUACGCCCCAGCAGAAAACCCCGCCAUUGAAGCAGAGCGCGAAGCCACCGCAGCAACAGCACCGCUCGCCGCACCAGACGGCUACACAGGACCUCCAGAAGAGCACGGAUAGCCAGGGCCGCAAACUACCGCAAAAGAAAUAUGCAGCACAGCAAAAUCCCAAGGACUACGAAGAGGCUGCCGAUACCACUCAUUCCACCGAACCUUUAAGCACUGCGGAAUCGUCGCAGUUGCCUUCAGACGUUACCAAUGCUUCUACAGAGCCGGCGGAUAUCUCCACACCCCAAGCCCAUAAUCGCCCUGGCCUGAAGCCCAAGUCUCCGGUACCCCACAUAAUUGAUAACGAACGCUCUCCGCGCGUAGCUUCGAUGCAGUACACAAAUCCUUUGGAGCAGGGAAAGAAUAAACGCCACAGCCAAAUCAUUGAAGAGUAUGACGGGGAAUUGGGCGUGGCGGUGGUUGGUAACUCACCUGGGAAGGACGAGGUUAGGCGGCAAUCUGUCGACGGUUCCAAGCCUGACGGUUGGGCGCAACCACGUACCUUCGGCGAAUUAGCUGAGCUUCCCGGGAGCUUCACACCACAGCAGCUUUCGGAUGUAGAACGGUCUCCUGUCUUGGAACGUUCGAUACCAGAGGCUGCUGUGACAUCUGGGCGCUCAAAAGAAAAGUCGGACAAUGACGACAAUUCUUUAGCGAAGGAGGUCUCUACUGGCCCCGUGAAGAAGCAGAACGAUCAAACGGACUUUGGAAUCCCAGCUAGUGCCGAGGUCCCAGUCAGGGCAGCGACUCGCUCUCCGAAGGAGCUCGGUCGCUCUGCCACAUAUGAAGGCGUGCAACGUCCCCAGCAAAAUGAAGGGAACUCCCCAGAUCAGGUGGUAAGGUCCUCUUCGGUGAAGGAUACACCUCGUUCCGUGGAAGAUGAUAACCUCCCUCAUGCAAAGAUGAAGAGCGAUGGGCGUGCUAACAAUCCCUUCUUGCAGGACACGCGCUUUGCCUCUCCAUCCAAGGGCUCAAGCGCUUCGGAAGAUGAUGAGCUAGAGAAACCAGCGGGUGUUACUUCUAGGGAUCUCAAUGACAGAAGUGGCAGCUUAAGGAAAAACACAGAGUCAAUACUUUCCAAACGGGGGACGCCAGAUGGACAUGUAUCCAAUGAAUUUGUACAGCAGCUAUUUGAGGAGCUACGUGAGUUGAAAUUGCAAACUGAGCGAAGCGCUGCUGAAGCCAGCAACCGGAUCCGUCUCCUCGAGGACGAGAAUCUCAAACUAAGACAGCCGGGCCACGGGCCUUCGCACAGGGGUAUCUCGGGCGCCUCUGAGGAUGUUAGCUACUCGAAGCUGCAGACUGAGGUAGAUAUACUCAAGGCAGAUAAGGCAGUAUAUGCCGACCGCGUCGCCGAACUGGAAGAGUUCCUCGACUCGAACAUCCUAGACGCUGAGCGCCUCAAUAGGAUUAUAGAAUCUCAAUCGAAAAUCAUCGAGUCAUUCUCGGACCAGGAAUCCUAUAAGGAGAAGUUUGAGCAGAUCCAAAAAAAGCUAGAUGCUCUCAAGAAAGAGAACGAGGAGCUGCGGUGCAAGAAUAUCUCCCAGAUGAACAAGCUCCAGCAGGACAUCAGCAACCAUUCGCAGGCCAUGCGAGACAUGCUAAAGCAUUGGAGGGCCCAGGGCUUGUCCGACUCCUCCGAGGGUGGCGCAGAGGGCGUGCGGAACCUACAGCACCAUCAAUCGAUCAUUAACAAGCUCUCGGCCCAGCUUGAUGCCGCCGAGAAGGAGAAGAGUGAUUUGAAUCAUUUGCACCACGAACUACUUCGGAAUUACGAAAGCUUGCAGCAGGACUACAAGGCUCUAAACGAUGAGUUGGUCUCUAAGCAGAAUGAGGUCAGCUACCUCGAGCAGAACUACAAGUCCAGCUUGAGCUCGGUCAACAACGCCAGCAAAGCGCUCGAGCUGUCGCAGCGCGAGCUCGGCAAGCUGAAAAAUGAAAACACAAAGUUGAAGGAGCAGCUCGAGGACCUCACGCUUUCGCCCUCCAUCGACGGCCGCAGCAAGUUUGCGAACACGCUCACGGACGAUCCGCUCGGCUCGCUCAACGACGCUCACUACAACCUUAGAAUAAAGGACCUCAAGGCCGAGCUGUUUAUCGUCAGGCAGGAACGCGACUCUCUGAAGGACGAGCUGCUCCAGCUCAAAAAGAGGCUCUUCACCAUGGACGACUGA